AUGAGCCGAGAGGUGAAGAACUGCCAACACUGGCGGCCACUCAUUCCGCCGCCUCGAAACGCCUUCAUGCAGUUCGCUCAGGAGAAGAGGCGAUCGCUGGCCGACGAGAAGGCGAAUGAAGCCAAUCAGCGAGUGUGCAGGCUGUGGUGUUCCCUCAGCGUCGCCGCCAAGAAAUCCUACCAUCGUAAAGCGGCUAAAGCUGCUGCCGUCCACCGAAGGAGAUACCCCGACUACGUCUACUGCCAUCGCGGGGCCCGCCAGCGCAAGAAGCAGGAGCCCGGGCAAGAGGGGCAUCUCUGGAGGAAAGCACUGCAGCUGAAUUUCCGCGGCCGCUUUGCAGGGUCGCGACUAAUGGGAGUUCCAGGAGCCAUCCGGUGCCCUCACCACGACCGCACAGGAACCUACGGCGUGCAACCGGUGCUGCUCGCGAUAGAGUUUCGGGAGCAGCUCGCAAAGGAGAAGAGGCGAUCGGUGGCCGCCGGGAAGCUGAACGUAAACCAGCACGUAAGCAGCUGA